AUGGCGGAGAAUGUUGGCCUUCUAAUAGAUGGGAUUAAUAAGAAAGAGCCUUGUAAGAUGUUCCGUCAACGUACCGUCAGGCCAAUUGAUGUGUGUGUGAAAGAUGCCUUGAAUCGACAUCAAUCGUCGAAUCAAAAGUUCCAAUUAGACUCAAUUGAUUCAUAUUCUCGAUAUCCUCGAAUUGUUGAAUCUUACCAUGUGCACUUGAAGCUUUGA